CUCUGUGAACACACAUUCUUCCAUCAACUCGUACACCAACUUGUAAAUCAGCGUGAAUAUCACCACAUAUCUGUGACAACAUGCGACUCCUUAACGUCGAAACGAGAAAGCUACAAGAAUUCGUCGUCAGUGUACCAAAGUAUGCGAUAUUGUCACACACCUGGGGCGACGACGAGGUCACCUUCCAAGACCUCGAACACCCUAACCACACCAAGAAGCGAGGCUACACCAAAAUCGAUGGUCUCUGCUGCUUAGCAGCCAAAAACGGGUUUGAAUGGGUAUGGGUAGACACCUGUUGCAUCGACAAGACGAGCAGCGCUGAGCUCUCCGAGGCUAUCAACUCGAUGUAUCGGUGGUACAAAGAUGCCUCCACCUGUUAUGCCUACCUCGAAGACAUUCAGCCAGACAAGUGCCCAAUUUACGCCGAAGAUGAAAACCCGCGCAAGAACAUGAACGGUGAUGACGACGACUGGUCAUCAAACAAUUGCGACUACCCAGAGGCAUUUUUCAGCCACUUUCGAAACAGCCGGUGGUUCACGAGAGGCUGGACGUUGCAGGAGCUGCUCGCUCCCGAAAGCCUCUACUUCUUUAAUGCUGCCUGGAAGAGAUUCGGUACACGCUCCUCACUGGCGCACAGGAUCGAGUCCGUUACCAGUAUACCGGUCAGAUUCCUGAGAAAGCAUCCCUACCCCGAUUUCCGCUCCGCUAGGGUCGCUGUGCGCAUGUCGUGGGCCGCUCGGAGGCAAACGACGAGGGUGGAGGAUGGAGCGUACUGUCUCCUUGGAAUCUUCGAUGUGAACAUGCCCCUGCUCUAUGGCGAGGGGGAAAGGGCUUUUGAAAGACUGCAACUCGAGAUUCUGAAGGGGUCUCCCGACGAAUCAAUGCUCGCGUGGAGGUUACCUUGCGAGCUUGGAUCGCUCAUUUGCCUCAAUUACCUCGAGGAUCGAGUCCCGAAGAACCUUGAUCGUAGCAGGUUGUUGGCCUCGAGCCCUCAAGAAUUUGCCUGGUGGUUUGGCACUGAUAUCAAGGCAUUCUACGAGACAGAAAACUCAAUCAUUGAGAUGACAAGUCGCGGUCUGCGUAUUACGCUUCCUAUCGUCGAAGGCCGUAUUUAUUCGUAUGGUGUGUUGAAUCAUAUGACGGACAAUACGUUUGACAAGAUUCUUGCCAUAAGACUGGAAAACACCAAUGCCGCUGAUGAGUAUCAAAACGCUGGCCUGGUCACAUUAUCCUGGCAAAUUGUAAAGAAAUGUCAGAAGAAAGAUAUCCACAUCGUCAAGCGUGCACGGGUUUACAUCGGCAGAAACAUUGGUUGGGAUAUUGAUUACCUACAUAAAUGGACCCGUCUUCAACCACCACACAGCAUUUUUGAACGCUUGGUGGACGUGAUCCCAAAGCAUUCUUAUAACAAGGAAUAUAGUUGCGUGACUCCGUGGUGGUGGAAGGAUCUCAAGACAGGAAAAAUUGGAGGAAUGGGGCGAAUUUUCCUCCAUUACAAGCAAAAUUCGGUGGACGACAAGCAAGAUCACGACGGUAAUGGAGAGGAAUUCGUCGUUAUCUUAAGCCCAACGAGUGCGUUCGGCGCCUUCUUCUCUUUCGGCGUAACACCUCCGCCAUUUGUCUGCCACACGUUGCCCAUGCUCAAAGGAGAGAAACUCGAGCACUUUCUAUCACGCGAUGAAUAUUGCCACAUAUAUGCAACACCACCUGGCGAAGACUAUCACGACUUAUCAAAGCUCAGAAACAGGUUUUCACUGGAGUCUGGCGUUCCUCGGGCCCGGAUUCAACGAGAGAAAAAAAUCGAUUGUGACCACUGGGUCGUGAGUGUUCAUCGCACACGGUCGUUGGCUGAAUAUGCUGGGUCCAUCGCCAAGCCGAUCACGAAUUUGCGCCCGCUCUCGGGGCCGCGAUGGUUUCGUGAGUUCCGCCGUGAGUUCCGCCACGACCCCUUAUUCUACGUGAACGACCUGCUGCUCGGCCUCGUCCCUGUCGUCACCUGGGGACUGAAUAGCAAAAGACGCCGCAUAUCCGGGAGCUGGAAGGAGGCUACCACGUGUGGGGUCCUGUCACUCCUCCUCUUCCUCCUUCGCUACAAAGCCCACCUUGCAAUCCUAUCUCAGGGGCGGCCGUGGCCGCGGCUGAUCUCUCCGAGGCUUGCUUUAGCUGGCUUUUAUCACCAAGUAAUCUACGUGCCCUUCGCGUUGUGGUUUCCCCUUGCAAUGUACACGUUGUUCCCUCGGUCCCGCAAGGAGGUCAAAGUCAACCCGCUUGUUUCGGUGUUGAGCUCGUUGGCGAUUGUCAUACUGGCGAGGCGUGUGCAAAAGUUCUUGUAG